AUGCUAGCCUUUGGAUACAUGGGGGAGACGGAGGUGAUGUCAAUCUGGCCUGCUUUUUUUGCAUCGUUGCUAUGCUGGUCGUAUAUUAUGACUAGACCCGCAAUUCACAGCAUAAGUAGAAUCUUCCUAAUCUUCAUCUCAGCGGCUGAUAAUCUACUUACCACUUGCACCCUCGUCUCUCUACCUACAGAAGAUUGGACCUAUUUUUACUCGAGCUGAUAUCUCAGUUACCACUCUCUCUUUACCCGUAAGCUACCCUGUGUGGUCGCUAACCCCUAGUUGCCCUUUCCUUCAUCUACCCACACUUACCCCUUCCUUCUACCCAUACUUACCCUUUCCUUCUACCCACAAGCUACCCUAUGUGGUCGCUAAUUUCCUAGUCUGGGAAGUUUUUUUCGGACAGGCAUCUCAGCUGGCCAGUUUACUCACUUUGGAGGCUGCUCUGCGUUACCUAAAGAAAGUCGCGAACACACCAGAGACGAAAGACUUCGAAAAACCGGCAGCAGCUAAGUUAAGAUCAUGAUGAUGAUGCAGAAUGAUGUAUGCUAUGUCUUCACGAACCAGCAAAGGAGAAUGUGCGCCAGGUCCCUCCUUUACUGGUCGUUAAAGUUGUUAAGAGUACGUAGAACAAGAAGGCUUUAUAUUUUUAAUUCCUCCUGAAGCAGAAUCCUAUGCCUGGGAAGUCGCUAAGAUAGAAUUAGAAAAGGUUUGUUUCUCAACUUUUGAAGACUGUGGUCACGCCUUUAUGAAGCGCAGGUUGUCUGAUACAACUGCUAUUGCUAAUGUAGGCGAUGACCUAGGAGUAAGUAAAAGUAAAACUACACAACUAUGAUACUUUAUAAGAAUAUUGCUACAUCAUGUACAUCAUUGAGCUCUAAAAGAAGCCUUCGACCGUCUACGACUGAUUCUACUGCUGGGGUGGUCGCUAUAUCCUCUCCGACCAGUACUUCUGCGAUUCAUCUGGCCUGAGAUUAUCCCAACUACAUCCUCUCAAGGCACUACACCAGAAUCCUCAGGGAUAGGUAGUGAGGAGAGCCUAAAUGCAUUAUAUAUGGCGCCAAUGAUUGAGAACGGAGGACGAAAGGAAGUGUCGACAAUUUUUAGUGCUUCGAAGGGCUCUUUUCGGCUCAGGAAGGGCAGUGCUGUUAUUUGUCAACAUUCUCACUCCAAUCAUCGGCCAACAAUACGAGGAUAACAAACAUUAAUUAUAUUUAGCUGUAGAACGUGGAUUGACGAGUCAAUGUUGUAUCAUGUUGUAGCAACCUAGUCUUCAGAUGUCUUCCUCAGAGGACCUCCUCAGAUAUCCUCCUCAGAUGUCUUCCUACUAGUGUCUCCUUCACCUUUUCUCCCGAAGUCUUCAUGAUAAACAACUUGGGAGAUUUGGUGAAUAAGAUCUUUUUUGGCAUAGCGGUAUGGACGGCUGCAGGCAGCGAGGAGGAGACGACCCAUCAGCAGGUUUAUCGUGUACAACGGAGAGAAGCUGAGAUCAUUUUAAGGUUACUCAGCUUCACUUUUUUUCGUGAAAAAGAUACUUCCAUGAUUUCCAUUUUUAAUCGAAAACUCAAAAUAACCGAGUUGCUGACUGAAAUAAGGGAGGUAGCUUACUAUCAAGGCUCCCCUUCCUUCUCGUCAGUAUCUCGGUUAUUCUGAUCAGUUACUCGCUUAUUUCAGUUUUUCGAGUAGCUGUUGGUGGUCCUCGAUUAGUUGCAUCAUGGUAUUGAUUUUUUCGACUAGUCUCUAGCACAAGCUAGCGGUAGAGCCCUUUCUUCUUGAAACUUCUAGGUAAAAAUUAUAGUAGUGAGAACCUUUGUUCUCUUUGAAUGGCGAACUCUAAACUUCACAUCCUGGAUGGAACAAUUGCGUAUGCGAAAUAUCGUGCAUAAAAACUUCCGCGGCACUCUACCUGCAUGGCUUGACCUCGAAUUAAGGCUUCCGUUAAUCCACCUCUGUCCUCCAUUGGGACGUCGGAUCCUCUAUACCUAUAGCACGUAGUCUCUGGACGUAGGAUCCCUCAAACGUAAGUAAGUAUGCCUGCCACUAUCUCGUCUAUAGGGAGGAUCACUCAAUAUUGAACAUCAUGCAUCCCAAUACUGGUUCCGCCAAGUUAGGGGGAUCAACUCGUCCUCAAAAAUGUAUGAACUUGAGAAAGGUCUAAUCGAAGAUCUAUCUUUUAGGUCGGCCGAGCAACUCUACCGGAUACUGUCUUGAAGUGGAUAUCGGAACAAGAGGAAAAGAAUUUGGAUUAUUCUGAGGUGUAUUUAAUAUAAUGAUUUGAUUCAUUGAUCAUGUAUGAUUAUGUGCAUUUUCGCCACAUUUUUUACAUUCCACCAUCAUGGAGAAAGAUCGUGGAACAAGAGUAAGGUAACAAUGGGAGAAGAUGUUCAAUACAGAAAAAGAUACAGCUCGAUGAAAGAGUUUUUUUAUAAUCAAACACAAAGAUUAUAAUUGACUAAUCUGAUAUUUUUUCCUCGACUACUUGUACAAAUACGGUAUGAUGGAGAAGCCGUUUUUUAGUAGAAGUUGAAGCUGUUAAAACGGUAAGAAGCCUGUUUUCUUUUUAGUAGGAUCAUGACAGACAAAUCUUGGGCGGAUUGCCGAGUAGAUUUACGCCAUCAGUAGGAUCAUGAGAAUGACAAAAAUAUCAAGUAGCUCUACUAUCCGGAGAGCGUUUCUCUUUAGAAAGGACACAAAGUGUUUGUGUUGAUGCAAGUUUUGCUAAUGUCCUCGUUGACGUUGUGGCCAUGGUCUAUAAUUAUGAUAGAUAGAUAUAAGUAUAACGUUGUGGUCUAAUUUGAUAAGAUAUUUUUAUUUUCCGAUCGUUACUAGUAGGUCAUCAAGAAGGACGAUGAGCUAUCAAUGUUUUAUGAUCACCUGCCGUUGUGCAAUUCUUGAUAUGAUCAGCAAUGUGGUGCGAUGCCUUACUACGUACAUCUACAAAAGCAGUAACAACAUGCAUAUUUCUCGAGAAUCACGAUGAGAACAGUCGUUGGAAGAUAGGCAUAAGCUCGACCAAGAAUGACGGUAAAGAAAAGCCGAAGCUUUCUGUUACCAUGGUCGCUUUGCAAUCGAAAAUGUCCCUCUCCAGCAGAAAACAAGGU